UUUCUUUUUGGGAUCACAUAAUAAGCCUAGUCCUUCCCGGGUUCUUUGCUUCCGAGACACUCCCUCGUCCACGCGCACCCACCAGACAAGGAAACGACUGCCCGCUCGCCCGCGCUCGUGAGUGGUGGUGACCAUGGACGCGCCGAGGGCCACAGCCGCCAAGCGCAAGCGCACGUCCGCCGCAGACGCAACGCCGGCCACCGUCACCGUCGACGACGACGUGUCCGACGCCGAGGUCGAGGAGUUCUACGCCAUCCUCCGCCGCAUGCGCGACGCCUCCCGCCGGCUCGUCUCGGGAGCCCGCGAGCAGGCGCCACGCGCGCCGGCGUGGUGCCCCAGCUUCUCCUGGGAGGACUUCGCGCCGCCCGCCCCGCCACCGCCUCCCCCGCAACAGCAGAAGCAGCUGCUGCCCGCCGGCGAGCGCGUUGCCGAGAACGCCACGCCGCCGCGGCUGCCCGUCCGCGGCCUCGACCUCAACGCCGAGCCGGAGCCGGAGGUCACCCCCUCGUAGAGACGCCAGCACGACGACCCCUGGCACGGACGGACGUGGGCGAGCUGGCCGGCGACGUGCUUUCUUUUUUUAGGGAACUGUUCAUCAUCGUCUAUUAAUUGCCGUAUUACCGGUGGUAAUUCGGUACGUAUAAACGAAAAUUACUACUACUCUUUCUUCAGCUCGUACGUUUGUAUGUGAUGCCUCUCGCUGUCGUGCUUGUGUGAACAAGGGAGACCUGUAACAAGAGUCCACUGAGGCCCUGUUUGGAAUAGCGUAUUUGUCUGAAAUACACCUGUACAAAAAUACAGGCCUCCGUC